UGGUGAAUGGCGCGGCCGCGGCUUUGGCUCAUUUUGCUUUUUCGGCUCAAUUGACAAGAUGGACGUUGCUGGUGGUAAGGGUGAUGCGGCCGUCGGUGCCAAGAUCUUCAAGACCAAGUGCGCGCAGUGCCACACGUGCAACCCCGGCGGCGCCCACAAGCAGGGCCCCAACCUCUCGGGCUUGAUCAACCGCCAGUCCGGCCAGGCCCCCGACUACUCGUACUCGGCUGCCAACAAGAACUCGGGCGUCACGUGGACGGACGAGACGCUCUUCGAGUACCUCCUCGCCCCCAAGAAGUACAUCAAGGGCACCAAGAUGGUCUUCGCCGGCCUCAAGAAGCCCCAGGAGCGCCGCGACUUGAUCGCGUACCUCAUCGAGGCUUGCGACCCCAACGCCGCGUAAAUACGCCCGUUCUAUUUCACGUUUAGAUAUUGCUAGUUUGAUGCUGGCGCGCCACUGCCAUUUCCCGGCAUUAGAGGAAUAACACGCUUUGUAUCUAUCAUAA